AUGCCCCCAAAACGGAAAGACACCUCCGCGCCAGCAGCAGGCCCGCGGUCCAAGCUAGCUAAAGAGAAUAACAUUACCGCGGCGGAAGAAACAGAGAUUAAAGAAGCAUUUUCUUUAUUUUCGCAGAAGAUGGAUGGCGAAAAGGAAGGGGUUAUAGCGAUUGGUGAUGUGAGGAGAGCGUUGAUAGCGCUAGGUCUAACGCCCACCGCAUCGGAACUGCGCGAAUACCACAGCAUUCUCGACCCCGAAGAUGAAGGCUACACUAUCUAUCGCCAUUUCCUCGCUAUUUGCGCCAUUAAAUUUCAUUCUCGGACUCGGACGUCGGAUUCGCAUAGGAAAGAUGUCGAUGAUGCGUUUAGACUUUUUACAAAUGCGGGACAGAAGAGGGGUGGAAGUGGGGGUGGAGGAGAUAUGGGGAGAAUUACAAUGGCGACGUUGAAGAGGGUCGCGAAGAUUUUGAAGGAGGAUGUGGAUGAGGAUUUGUUGGCUAGUAUGUUGUUGGAGGCGAAUGGUGGUAAAGGGGUAGGGCAGGGGGUGGAGAGGGAUGAGUUCGAGGCGGUUAUGAGGAGAGCGGGGAUGUGGAGGUGA